CAUCACUAUUUAUCAGUUAUGUGUCAAUCCUCAAAGUGUCAUCAAGUACCUAGUCAAGAAGUACUUGGCAGAACAAUUUUUAUUGAUAUAAUACGUGAGAAAGUGAAAGAUUCUGUAUUUUAAGAAGUGCUUAUAUAUCAAUUAUUAAUCACUAUCAUUAUUUGUCAUCAUUGAAUUCACUCAUCAAACUUUUCCACUAAAAUCUUAAAGUAAUAGCCACUAACUGACCCAAUAAGGGCAAUCAUAAUUAUUUUCACAUAAAUUUACGAAUUGUGCCAUCAAGUCUACUUAUUAACUCCACUGCCAGUAAUACUGUAAUCAUACAUCUGACGUUCCAAACUCUGUGAUGGUGUGAAAAAUAUAUCUAGUGUCAAAAUGUUCAAAAAGUUAAAAGAUAAGUUGGCAGAGGAAGUGAAAUCUUCUCCUCAAAGAAUACAACAAUUUGCGCAGGCAGCACAGGCUGCAGUAACUUCAGCAUCCAGCAGUAUAUCUGAUAUUACUAAUAGUGAUUUAUUCUCCAUAGCAGAUAAUGAUGGUCAACAACCCCGAUCAACCAGAUUGCAGCCUUCACCAAGCGGUCGUCAAAACACAUUCCAUGAUGUGGCACUGGCACAACCUGUGGCUGAGUCGCUAGAUUAUGCCUCAGGGCAAGAAAUACUUGAUAACCAAAGACAUAGAAGAUUGUCAAAUAGUUCACUUGCUAGCGACAUAUCCUUCCGACUACCUAGCUAUGAGUCACCAUCAAUGUAUCACUUACAGUCUGACAUGGAAGUUACUGCAAGUGAGGCAGAAGAGAGCGGAUUUGCGAGUGGCGCGGUUAGUCUUGAUAGAGUUACGAAGGAGCAACUAUACGCUGCCUACAGGCGAACGCAAGAAAGAUACAAAAAGUACAGGACCCAAUAUGGAGACCUUGCGCGACAUUAUAAACUUUUAGAAAGAGAAAAUGCGAAGGCCAGGAGCGUCCUUGUAGAGACACAAGAUAAAGCAUUAAGAAGAAUAUCGGAAUUAAAAGAACAAUGUUCGCUGGAGCAGAGUGCUAAGGCACAUUUAGAAAAGGCGCUACGUGUUGAAAUCGAAGAGAAAAUUAUGAAAAUCGAUGCAUUGAACACGAAAGUUAAAAUUUUACAAAAUAACAUUGAUAUAAGUGAUGAUACAAGUAAAACUGAUAAGCUAAACAAGGAGGCAGCACAAAAAGAUAAUGAUGUGCAAUUAAUUAAUCUGUCCAUUGAUAAUGAAUCCAAAGCGUCAAGUGAUGAAUCAUCUACAACUGAGAUUACCAACUUAAACAACAAAAUGGAAAAAUUGGAACAAUUAUUAAACAAAUACAAAGAAUCCCUUAAGAACAGCAAAGAAAAAAAUUCACAACUUGCGGCUGAAUUACAAAUACUGUCCAACGAACUUGAAAAUAAAAAUAAAGAAGUCGAACAGUUUCAGACGACAUCCAAACAGUUGGAAGAAGCAAUUCAAAAGAUACAAGAUUUAAGCAACGAAAACGAAGAUCUUCAGAACAAAAUCAACACUUAUGAUUUUGCUAAAACCAAAGAAACGUCCACCUUAGAAAUGGACUUACAAAGAGCUAAAGAAGAAAUAGCACAAUUGCAAAGUAAAAUAGAAGUGUUCGGCAAAAGAGAAGAGGAAUAUGCUAUAUCACUAGCAGAAAAUAAGUUGAGCAUACACAAGGAAUUAGAGAACAAGGAAGCUGAAAUUAAAUCCCUUAAGGAUAAUUUAUCUUCUACUCAAAAAGAAAUACAGUCAUUAAAUAUUGUAAUUAAUGAUUAUAAGAUCAAUCUGUUAUCAUUAGAAGAAGAACGAUCAAAACUCCUGAAUGAAAACAAUGAAUAUAAUACAACUAAAUCAAAAAUAAUUGAUUUAGAAUCACAAUUGCAGGAACUUAACAAAAAAUACCAAUUACAAGAACAAAUAAAAACUAAAGCAGAUGAGGAAUACAAAUGUCUUCAACUUCAACUGAAACAAGAAACCGCAGAAAAGUUGGCGAUGAUUGACAGAAAUGGUUACUUAGAAAAUAAAAAUAAGCAUCUAAGUGAAGAAAACGCGAAAAAAAGUUCGCAAAUAAGCUCCUUAGAAAAUGAACUGCAGUUACUUAAAAACACUAAUCACAACGUUAAUAUAGACGAUAUUGAAAUUAAGAAGCAAGAGAUGACCGAAGAAUUAGAAAUAUGGAAAUCCAAAUGUAAACAACUUGAAUCAGAAAUUCAAGAAGAAAGAGAAGAACUAAUAAAAUUGCAAUCAGAAAUCGAAAAGCUUCUUGCCAACGAUGAAUUUAUUCAGAACCAAAAUAUUGAAUUGCGUGAAACACUUUCUAAUUUAAAAAUAGCAAAUGCUGCAUUACAGGAUCAAGUUACUGUUAAUGAUAGAUUAAAAAUAAGUUUAAAAAUGUUGCCUCAAUACAUGUUUUUGGAUAUUGAAAAAGAUAUCAAAGAUAUUCUAAUUAAUAAUACGUUACAACAAGAGUUACAGAAUGAGUCUGAACACAACUCACGGAACACUAAAACGAUCGCCUCAUUACAAGACGAAAUUAACAAAUUAAAAGAUGACAUUUUAAAAAUUGAUUUGGAAAAAGAUUCUGUUAAUGAAAGUAAAAAGAAUGUUGAUAAACUUUACGAAGCCGCUUUAAAUGACAUUGAAUUAUUAAAAUAUGAACAAAAAGACUUGGUUUCUAAAAUUCAAGAAAAUGCAAAUAAAUCCAAAAUCCUUGAAUUUGCUUUAGAUGAAGAAAAAGCACAUGCCUUAUCUGUAAUUGAAAAUAUUACUGUGCUAAAUAAUGAAAAGAAGAACUUGGAAGAAAAACUUAACACAAUUGAGAGUAAAAACAAAUGUUUCACUGAAGAAAUAGAAAACUUGAAAAAGGAAUUGGAUGCCAAUUUUGAUAAAUUAGUGAUUAUAACAAAAGAAAAUAAGGAGCUUAAGGAAAAAUCAAUAAUUGCUGAGGAUAAAAAUAAACAUUACUCUGAAGAAAUAGAAAAGGAAAACGAUCUAGAUGAUAGUAUUGAGAAAUAUACCACUAUAGCAAAAGAAAAUAAGAAGCUUAAAGAAAAAUCUGAAGAACUAGACCGUACAAUAUUACAUGUUGAUAAACUACAGGAUAAUAUUAAAUCUUUGUCUGAAGAAAACAAUUCAUUAAAAAAACAAAUAGAAAAGAUUGCUGCCAAUAUAAAAGAUCAAGAGGCAGAAAUUAUUGAAUUAAGAAAAUCUCAUGGAGACAUUGAAAAUGAAAAAGAUCGCCUUAGUGCUAUUAUAGAAAAACUAGAAUCUACAGAAAACAGAAAAUCUUUCGUCGACGCAUGUGUACAACAUACUCAACCUAAAGAAAUUAUCGAUACAAAUGAGACAAAUCAAAGAAUGGUUUCCUCAUUAUUAUCACAAGAUAACAAUGGAGAAAACGAAAAUGAGAUAAACGAUAAUAUUACACCUGAAAUAUACAUAACAUUAAAAAAUAAGUAUGAUGAAUUAAGAGACGAAAACAGACGACUUCAAUCGGAUGUUGAAGGACUUCAAAAAUAUUUGACAAAAAUAUCAAAGGAGAAUAGUGUCUUAAACGAUAAACUAAGAGAGUUUAUUGCUAGUAGUGAAUACUCAACAGAAAAUGAUAUUUCAAAUGAUAUCGCAAAUCUAAGAAAUGAAGUCCAAACAAGCAGAGACAAAAUUGACAAUUUGCUGCGUGAAAAUAGUCUCUUAAUAGAAGAAAAUUAUGAACUAAAAGAUCAGUUACAAUCCCAAAACUAUUCUAGUGCGACUGAAACUAAAACUAUUAAUAACAAUGACAAUGAUCUGGAGUUAUCUAAUAUUAAAGAAAAGUACAAGAAUUUAGUUCAGACUAAUACUAAGGCUGAACAAAAAUUGUUAGAAUCAGAACAGUUAAACAGAUCAUUAACUUCAAACAUGCAACAAACACAAGACAAAUAUGAAAAAUUAAAAAUGAUUAAUGAAAAGUUAGAAAGAAAAUUAGAUGAAGCUUUAGUAAGUUUAAGGCACUUGCAUUCCUUGCAAGAAAAUACAGAGUUGGAAUAUUUAAGAAAUAUUCUUUAUGAAUAUCUUACUGGUUCUGGGAUGCAUUCCAUUACAUUAGCUAAAGUGUUAUCAGCAAUAGUUAAAUUUGAUGACUCACAAACUCAACUUGUGCUUCAAAAAGAAAAGGAACGCCAAGGCUUUUUGCGGCAGCUGGGUUUGAUAUGAUAUAGAUUAUUACAAGAACAUAAUAAUCUAAUCACCUUGUGACGUAGGCAUAUUUAGCGAAGCAAUUUAUUAUUGUAAAUUUGGAAGAUUUAAUUAUUUUAUUUGUAAAUUGUUGUGUAUAAAUUAUGUUUAUAAUAUACUUUAAUUCAUAUUCUUCACUA